CAUGAAAGAAUGGUGAAUAAGGAAGAGUGAAAUAGAGCAACAAACAUCUGUUUCCAUAUCGAAAAGAAGAUCGAAAUAAAGCUCGCUUAGAAGCGCAGAAACUCGUGUGCCAGAAACUAUUAAGAAAUGUCGCAAACCAAGGAAAUUUCCAUGCUAACCAAAGUGCCAACUGGAGCUGGAUCUCCGGAACAGGCGGCCGCUGUUGCCGUGGCAGCGGAUGCCUCAGAAACGGAACGUUUGGUGAAACUCAUCACCGCCAUGGGCUAUCCGGAGAGUGAGGCACGCUUAUCGCUGGCGCGCAGCAGCAACAAUGUACAGAAGGCCGUGCAGCUCCUGGUCGAAGGUGACGACGAGGAGGACGGCAAUGGUGAAUCCCGGCGUCGUCGUCGUUGUCGUCGCUCCCUAAAGAAGGUCCGAUCCACGCUCCUUGGGGAUCCUUGCGUCACGGAUGAUGCCAUCGUACAGUUGAUGCGUCAGCAAAGCACCGUUCAGGCUCUCACGGAGAUGAUUCGCGAAAGCUCUGACCAGGUCAUGCAGCUUUUGCUCGCUCAAGGGGAUUCGGAGGCAGAGGUGUUGGAGGAGCAACUGGAACGGAAGGGGGAGGGGGAAAAGGAGGAGGAAGAGGAAGAGGAGGAAUCAUUGGAAGAAGAGAAUACAUCGCCCGGUUCAUCUGCGGAGGGUUCUCCGCCCAGCAAUUAAUGUUUUUAUUUGUAACUAUUCUGUUAAAAUAUAAAUGUAUUGAUUAUUAUAAGUACAAAAACAUAUUAAAUACCUAUUUCUUGAAGAAUAUUUGUAUACUA